AUGGAUGGUGGGGACGCUGCGCACUACGGUUCCUGGCACGGCGGUGAGGCCAGGGUACAGGAAUUGGAUACGGAGGGUGAGGAGUCGGAUGCACAGGGCGCUGGAUCGGUGACGCGGCGCAGCACGCGGUUGAUGCGCGAUUUUGGACAUUUUGCAGACACAUACUCGGGCGACGGCCGCGGGCAUUACCGUGACUCGAGGAACGAGCACGGGGAUUCCACCUCGAACGCAACUAACAGCGAGGAGGGCGACGACGACGACGACGACAGAGAAGAAGAAAAGGAAGACAACGACGACGAUUACGGCGGCGGCGGCGGCGGCGGCGGCGGCAAUUAUCUGCACAUGUUUCAUCUCGGCCCGAGGGAAAGGGAGGAGGUGCUGCUGCUGCAGUCGGCUUUCCAGCGCAUUAGCGAGGCGCAGGCCAUGGGUGACUCGAAUGUGCACCUCAGCAAGCAGGAAAUCGAGGCCUUGGCUCGUUAUCAAGCUCGCAAGGACGAGGAGGAAGAGCAGGCGAGACGAAAAAAGAAGCGCCAUUCGGGGAGCGGGAGCGAGAAGAAGAAAAGGACAAAGGAGCAGCGAAUGGCGGUGCCGCUCGCACAGCUCGCGGGGGUCUCUCACAAGAAGAAGCCGUUGCGGCCUUCAUCCUCGGAACUGCCGUCGAGGCAAGAUGCCUCGCCUCGGCAGGUGACAACGGAUGGUGAGCUGCCGCCUGAUGGCCGCGAUGGACAGGGCUAUCCGCCCAUGGGGUAUUUUCCGCCUCCCUCUGUAUAUCGCACACGGUCCAGGGCCGGGACGACGGCGUCGUCGUCGUCGUCGUCGUCGCGGCGUGCUCUCGACGAUUACGAAUACCUGUCGCGAUCGUGGGCUGCCAACUCGCCUCGGCCGUCGAGGGAUCCUCUCCGAGAAGAGGGCUCCUCGGCACUUGGCAGCCGUUUCCAGGCCGAUCCGUUCCAGUUCCAGACCGCGGGUCCGCGCGCGCCGCACUCGGCUGGCGCUGCGGCCGCCUCCGGGCAGCACGCUUCUUCAGGCUCAGGCCCUUACGAGGUGCUGUACGAGCAUCGUCGAGGAACGGCGGCCCCUGCUGCAGCUAGGAGCCGCCACGGAUCCAGGCGAACCAGCUACGGCGACGAGACGAGCGAGGAGCAGAGCCUGGCGAGCGAGGGGAGCGCCAGCGACGAGCACGGGGGCGGGAGCGGGAGCGGGGCGCAGAUUCGGGAGCCUGAAAGCAAGGCGAGGGGUCGAGGCCGAGGGCGAAAGCAGACAAUCAUAGUGGAGGAGUCGCCCGAGCGCGGCAAGGGCAAGAAGAAGUCGUCGUCUCCGGUCAAGGGAAAGCAGGCGGGGGCGAAGAAGAAGAAGAGGUGA